GGGACUCGAUCGAUCACUCUACGCGAUUUAUUGCGCCUCUCCAAAAACCCUCGUCCUCUCCACUCUUCGAUCAUCUCCUUCUCCGUGCGACGCUAGGGUUUUCAUCUCCUCGCUGUGUGUAGUGUAGCUCCCAUGGCGAUCGCCUCCACGGUCCGAUCCCUCCUCUCCUCCCCCUCGCGCUCCCCCUUCCUCUUCGUCCUCUCCAAUCGCUUCUCCUCCUCUUCCUCGUCCGCGUCCUCGUCCGUCGCCGGGCUCUUCCGCUUCCGCGCGUCGCCCAUCGCCGCGCCGCACCCGGGGCUCGCCCUCCGCCUCACCGCGGCGCGGCUCGUCCCGGUGCGCUUCGCCGUUCGCCGGCCUGGCGGCGACGCUUACUCGCCCCUGAAAUCCGGCGGCGGCGGCGGCGGCGGCGGAGGGUCGGGGUUCAGCGAUCGGCCCCCGACGGAGAUGGCGCCGCUGUUCCCCGGGUGCGACUACGAGCACUGGCUCAUCGUCAUGGACAAGCCCGGGGGCGAGGGCGCCACCAAGCAGCAGAUGAUCGAUUGCUACGUCCAAACCCUAGCCAAAGUCCUCGGAAGUGAGGAGGAAGCUAAGAAGAAGAUAUAUAAUGUAUCUUGCGAGCGCUACUUUGGCUUCGGAUGUGAGAUUGAUGAGGAGACAUCAAACAAACUUGAAGGUCUUCCUGGUGUUCUCUUUGUGCUUCCGGAUUCCUAUGUUGAUGCAGAGUACAAGGACUAUGGAGCGGAGUUGUUUGUAAACGGUGAGGUUGUUCAAAGACCUCUGGAGAGGCAAAGGAGGAUCGACAGUGUGCUGCAGAGAUCUCAAGAAAGGACCAGACACAAUGACCGGACUCGUUACGUGCGACGGAGGGAGAACCAGCGGUGAGCAAGAAAUCACUGCCUGGGACUGGUGUGGCACAUCAUCCAUGCAUCAUCUUCCUCACUUCAGUGCCCACUGUCCAAUUCUUGGUCUAAAAUUAGAGUGAGUUGGACGGUCAGAUUGAAAGUAUGAGAUGGCAUCGACGGCUGGAUGGGGGGGGGCGAUGUGCGAGCCGACGUGGUGCGCCAGUUGCAGUUAAAUGUUCAGGCUUUUAUACAUUCCAUCGGUAACUUAUGCAGCUAGGUCUUAUUUUCCCUUCACAUCUAAUUGCCUACGCUAAUAUCCUAAUUUUGAUGGACUCUCUCGGAUUCGUUGUGUUAUCACUUCAACAAAAAAAAACUUGUGCUCUUAGCUGUCUUUGUUCAGACAUAUAUAUGGGCAGUUCUUAUAUAUAAUUCGAUCAUCCGGAUUGUGAUCGGUUGUCUUUUACUCCA